UGUGUGAAUCUAGAUAAAUACGCGGUCGGUUAGCAACACGCUCAGUAUUACAAAAGUCUUCAAAGUGUUGACAUCUCAAAGAAAUUGAAACUGCAUCAAACUUGUUUGAUAAACUACCAAAGUUUGUGAAAUUAAAUAGAACAAAGUGUAAUAAAUUCUAUUUCUAUUAUUUUUCAACUUUUUCAACAAGAAAAAUGUCUCUCGUUCCAUUGAUGUUUUCCGACUGGUGGGAAGAUCUCGAUCGUCCUCAUCACAUCCUGGACCAAAAUUUCGGUCUUGGACUACAUCCUGAACAACUUUUGGCACCACGCAGCAUGCUCCAUCAACAUGCUGCUCCUCGAAGAUGCCCGAUGAUCUAUCGACGACCUUGGGCAGACCUUUUGCGCGAGGAAGACGGUGGCGCUUCGACCGUACACAACGAUAAGGACAAAUUUCAAGUUCAACUCGAUGUUCAGCAAUUUAAACCCGAGGAAAUUGACGUUAAAGUUGUUGACAAGUACGUGAUCGUCAAUGCCAAGCACGAGGAGAAAAAGGACGAGCACGGAUGGAUUUCUCGACAAUUUACAAGGAAAUAUUUAGUUCCUGAGCAAUGUAACAUUGACCAUGUGAAAUCGUCCCUAUCAUCUGAUGGAGUCUUGUCUAUCGAGGUACCAAGAAAGGAACAGCCAAAAUCGCAGAACGAGAAGGUGAUUAAAAUUCAACACACCGGUAAGCCGGCAUUAAAGGCCGGUUCUGAUAAUAAGGAGAUCAAGAAGACCGAAGAGAAGAAGUAAACAGGUUUUUGCCAUAUUUACGAAAUUAACAUACACAAUUUUCAUUAUUUUCCCUAAUAUAUAUAUAUAUAUAUAUAUAAAACACUUAAAUGUAAUUCAUAAUUCAGAAAAUGUAACUUUACUGCCUUUCGAGACUGAGUGUUUAGAACUUGAUAAUAUUUCUUUAUUUAGUUCAUUAUGAAGACAUUUUUAUUUUUGAUAGUUUCAAAGAUAGUUGAUAAUCUAAGUUUCUAGAUUUGUGAUUUAAAAAUGCCUAAGAUUUAUGAAAUCCACACACAGUAGUUUCUACGAUAAUCUUUGUAUUUCUUAUUAUUCUGUGAUUUUUUGAUGUUAAUAAAAUUAACAGUAUAAAUAUAA